AUUAUUACUUUUCGCCCCAAAAAACCGUCGAAAUUAACUUAAUCUUAAAAUUUGGUCCAUUUACUAAAAUACUUAGAAAACAUUCAUAGGUUCGUGACAACUAGAGGGAUUAUUUGGUUAUUUUCUAGGUAUUUCCGGCCUUUUCUCAGCAGAUAGCCUUGCUGCUUCUGCGACGAUGAGACAGCGCCGGAAGAAUGAUGGCGGAGUUGUUUCAUCUGCCAAUGAAGAACCAAAUCUCAACAGAAAGGAAGAAGAAAAGAAUUCCUCAAAUUCAAAGAGUCUUUGCGCUUUGUUUGGCGUUUCGAAUAGGGUUUGUUGAUUCAGACUUAUUUCAAUCCAGAUGAGCACUGGCAAGCCCUUGAAGUUGCGCAUCGCCUAGCAUUUGGGUAAAGGUUUUUGUUUUACAUAUCCCCAUUUUUUAAUUUGCUUUUAGUUGUUUAGCAUUGGAAAUUGAGGCAAAGUUUGAUUCUUGCAUGUACUGGAAUUCCUUCGAAGAUGUUAUCUAAGAGGAAUUAGUAAUGGGUAUGUGAUUUUGGCUUCUCUUGGUUAGCAAGUUGGAUUUGGAUUUGCCUCUUUGUUUUUGGGUUCUGAAUUCUGAAAUCAUGCAAAAUAUGUAUAUAUAUUAGAAGGUGUAUGAGCCUGCUGGAUGUAUGUUUGAGUUCAGUUAGCUUUUUUUCAGUAACAGCGGUUUUUGAAGUGUUAAUAAGUUAUGACUGUAUGUUUUGAAUAAUGUGACAGGUAUGGUUAUUUGACAUGGGAAUGGGAAAAGGGAAUUCGUAGCUACUUGCACCAUUGCUGUUUGCACUCCUUUUCCUUUGAUUAGUGUUUCUUUUGUUUAGAUGUUUCCAAUUCUGAGUCUCCUGAUUACUGCUUCUUUUGUUUAUAUGUUUCUAAUUCUGAGGGCUAAUAUAAGUCUGGUUGAAAGUAAGAGGGGGAUUCUGAGGACAAGUGGGACUUGAAUCUUAAGUUUAAAUUAGCUUUCUCUUUACAGAACUAUAUUAUUGCCUUUUGUGUUGCUAAGUAUUUUUGGUAGCUGUAAGGACAACACUGCUAAAGCAUACAUAAAAUUCAAUAAUUUUGUUUACUGGUAUAACAUCCAUAAUAAAAUUGACUAUACAUU